AUGUCCAGCCAAAAUCAAUUGCCUAGCAGAUGCAGACCAUUACCUGGAAGUCAAGACCUCAAUAAAUAUUACCAGCCUCAUUGUACUGGUGACAGAUUCUGCUGGUUGUUUUAUGUUACAGUUGAACAGUUUAGACAUUGCAUUUGUAUAUAUUUGCAGUUGGCCUUGGAGAGACCAUCUCACGAGCAGAGUGGGCAGCCUGCAGACUCAAGAAAUACUUCCACCAUGACCACGGCAGGUGUUUUUGUGCUCCUCUCCUUUGCGCUUUGCUGCUUCCCAGAUGCUGUCUUUGGGGUUGAGGUGGACUGCAGUACAUAUCCCAACACUACAAAUGAGGAAGGCAAAGAGGUGUUGGUCUGCACCAAGAUCCUCAGCCCCAUCUGCGGUACCGAUGGAGUCACCUACAGCAAUGAGUGCCUGCUCUGUGCCUACAACAUAGAAUAUGGAACCAAUGUCAGCAAAGACCAUGAUGGAGAAUGCAAGGAAGUUGUCCCUGUGGACUGCAGUAGAUAUCCCAACACGACAAACGAGGAAGGCAAAGUGGUGUUGCGCUGCAACAAAGACCUCAGCCCCGUCUGCGGUACCGAUGGGGUCACCUACGACAAUGAGUGCCUGAUGUGUGCCCGUAACCUAGAGCCUGGAGCCAUUGUUGGCAAGAAGUAUGAUGGUGAAUGUAAGAAGGAAAUUGCUACAGUUGACUGCAGUGACUACCCUAAACCUGUCUGCUCGCUUGAGUACAUGCCUCUCUGUGGCUCUGACAGCAAAACAUACAGCAAUAAGUGUAACUUCUGCAAUGCAGUCGUGGACAGCAAUGGGACUCUCAUUUUAAGCCAUUUUGGAAAAUGCUGAGUAUCGGUGCUGAGAGAAUUCACCACAGGAUCCCCAGUGGCAAAUCCCAGCUAACGAUCUCACCUCAGUUCAUCUUGCCCUCUGGGGAACUCAGCUCACUCCUGAUUUUCUUUCUCAAUAAACUAAAUCAGCAACA